UGGAGCACCCCCGGUACCCGCUUUGGUGCCCGGGCUCUGUCAGAGCCUGUGUGGCCUGGGCUCGGGCCAUGUUGUGUGGGUCUUGCCCAGGGAGGCUGCGGAGCCUCCUCAGGAGAUAGCCAGCACCCGCCUGGACACCCUCCUGUGCUAUGGGGUUCUGCUCGGCGCAGGGUUUGGGCCAGGAGAUCUCCAGAGAUCACCUCCAACCUCGGCCAUUCCGGGGUUCGUUCUGCUCACAGCUUUCUCACACAUCGCUUGCAAAUUAUGAUUUUACAUCUACAUGCCUCCGAGCUUUGCAAUCUGUCGGCAAAAGGCCACGCUCCCUGCAAGUUCACCCCGUGACUGCACCUUCUCUCUUCACUUCUUUUCACCUUCCCUAAACGCUUACCAAGUUUUCGUAAUGGAAGCCUGUCCUCAGGACUCUGGUAGACGGUUGGCAUAUGUGAUGUUAACCGUUUGCUGCCCCCGUGGGCUCUCCGGUGCCCCUCGGUGUGUUGCCGUCUCCCAGACCAGGGUGGUGACAGUGUUUAUAAUAACCUUUAAUAUUCUAUUGAUUUGUGGCUUCUCACUCCAAGGGAAUUUUUUAUUGCUCUGUGCUUUGCAUUUGGCUGUCUUCCUCCCACAAAGCUGUUGCUGCAAUUACUAAAUCUAUAUGAUUAUUUAAAUUUAGAUAUCUCUUUCCUCUCUGGUGUUCCUUAGACAUCCAGGAUUUGUGCAGAAGCACAGCUUCACUGGGGGUCGACUUUCUCUAGUGGGAGACUUGGACUGCACAGAAGUUGCUUAUUUUCUUUAAAGGAGGAGCAAAAUGCAUAGCAACCAGCAUGUCCUUCCCCCCAUCCCCACGGAGCAAAACCAGUCCGAGCUAGAGAGCCUCAGGAGAGAGAGAGGAGAGCUGGAGGAACAGCUAAAGAAGGAGCGAUGUACCUGCCAGGGCUAUCUGGACAAAGUAAAAGCAGAGAGGCAGAAGAUUGCGUCUGAAUUCAAGCAGCUGCACCAAUGCCUGGAGGAACAAGAGUGCCUGCUGAUGGCUCGGUUGGGAGAGCUGGAGAGGCAAAUUGAAACAAGAGCGAAGGAAAAGGCUGAUAAAUUGUCUAAGAGGAUUUUUCAUCUGGAUGGCCUGAUCAGGGAGAAGGAGGAGUCUCAGCUCUCAGGAUGUGAGUUCCCACAGGAUACUGGUGACAUUCUGGGCAGGUGCGAGAAGGGAAAAUUCCAGCAAAAGGAGUGGACGAGCCACAAUCUGGAAAAGGCAGCUGGUGUCUGCUCAAAAAAACCUCCUGAGCUAGAAGAGACAGCAAGGAAACUCCAAGAUGCUUCAACAACUGCUCUGAGGGAGGAAGGGGAAGAGUCACAGGGCCUGUACACAAAAGUGAACGUAACUCUGGAUCCAGACACAGCUCAGUCACGGCUCAUCUUAGCAGAAGAUGGGAAGAGUGUGAUGCAGGGAGCCACACAGCAACACCGGCCUGACAGCACGAAGCGGUUUGACCCAUGGCCAUGCGUGCUGGGCUGCGAGGGAUUCGACUCAGGGAGACCGUGCUGGGAGGUGGAGGUGGGCAGUGGGUCCUGCUGGGCUGUGGGGGUGGCCCUGGAGUCUGUGAGGAGGAAGGGACCGAUUGACAUGAACCCCGUGGGGGGGAUCUGGGCAGUGGGGCAGUACAAGGAGAAGUUCCAGGCUCUGACUUCCCCCACUCCCACCCCUUUCCUCCCCAGCAUGGUCCCCCGCAGGGUACGGGUCUGUCUGAACCAUGCAGAGGGGCGGGUGACGUUUGUCAAUGCAGACAACGAGGCUACAAUUUUCACUUUCCUGCAAGCCACGUUUUCAGGAAAGCGAAUCUACCCCUGGUUCUGGGUGGGGAAGGGGUCCCAGCUCAAACUGUGAGGCUGAGGAAGCGCGGUCCUCUGAGGAGGCUGCACUGUGGCCACGCUGGCCUCCUGCACCCCCAUCUCGCUAGCCCUUUGGACUCCUGCCCAUUAGCAAGCCUCCUACCAUGAUCCUCAAAGGCAGUUGAACUCAUCUGCCUGCCCGUGGAGAGCCUCUCUGGAGCAGAGGUCUGUGGGCUUCUCCAGUGGAGAAGGGCUCUUGGUGAAGAAUGACAAUUUCUGGGGAGAUUUUAUUUAUGGAGGCCUCGAGGGGGAAUGAGGGGCAUAGCAGUGGCAUUGGAGUAGCUACUGAUGGUAUACUUUUCCUUGAGGAGAUAAGUAGAUGGGUAAGGAGGAUAAAAACUUGCUCAACAGCCCACCUAGCCAUGGGGUGACACUUGCUCUUUAGCCCUGAAGCCCAGUCAGCCUCCAUGUGUUGUCCCUGUGGUGGGCCUGAUUUGAUUCUCUUAGCUCACGAAAUCACAAGUCAACAUUCAUUUCUAUGGGAGGUGUGAGUAGGAUUUACAUUUCAAAAUAAUUUAAUCAGUUGAAUUAUAAUCACUGCUUUUCAACGUAUUAAUGUACCUGAUAAUUCUUCAGUGUUUGACUACUUGAUUUGUUUCCCUGGUUGAGAUGGGCUUUUGGAAGGAAAAUUUAGAGGUUUAGAUAUUUUCCAACCACGGAACUACUACCAGGAAUUUGCUGAAGUGUAGGAACAAACUAGAGGAAUUGCUGUUUAGAGACUUGCAGAUUUGUAGCAGUGCUGGGAUUUAUGGUGUUGCAUGGUAGAAACUAAAAAUAUAAAUAAUCACGAAUAAAACAAAGUUAUACAAAUAAACAAUAAAUAAUUGAAGUUCAAAUGCUGGUCAAACAAA